GCGCCGGGGCCGCCGCAGGGACCGUAAAAGGACGGGGCGGGCGGUGGGUGUGGCUCUGGCGGGGAGAGCCGCGUCCGGGCCUCGAGCCCGUCGUCUCCCGCGGCCGCGGCCUCAGCCAUGGGCGCCGUCUGGUCCGCCCUGCUGGUCGGCGGGGGUCUGGCCGGGGCGCUCUUCGUGUGGCUGCUGCGGGGCGAGCCCGGGGACGCGGAGCCGGAGAAGGACGCCCCUCCUGGGGCGGCGGCGGCCCCGGGAGGCGACCAGGGCGGCGGCGGCGGGCUGAGCCCGGGACCUUCCGGGCAGGAGCCGGUCACCAAACCAGAGCAUCUUCAAGAAAGCAAUGGACGUUUGAUUUCUGAGACCAAAGAUCUUGGGAACCCGCAGGAAGAAGCAUGGAAGCUGAAGAAUCCUUCUGGAGAAGUCUGUGGCAAAUCAAGAGAGCAUGUUCCUUCUGGACAGUUCCCAGACACAAAACGUCAAGCUACCUCUGAGAAUGGUAACUCUAGGAAUUACUCCGAGUCUCUGAGAAAUGAAAGCCUUCAGUCUCCUACAGAAGAAUGGGGAUUCCGCCAAGGGCGAGAGGCAUCUGCUAACGCGGCUAAAUGUUUUGCAGACAAGUUGCCUUCUAGCAACUUGCUCAUGGACAGAGAGAGAGAAGUGAGCCUUGCCCAGCUGGACGGUCAGGGCCUGGCUAACCAUGAGGACUGGGAAGUGGUGUCUAGGCACUCAUCCUGGGGGCAUGGUGGCGUGGGUGGCAGUGUUGAGGCUUCAGCGUUAAGCCCAAACCAGGGAAUGGACUAUGGGAGAGGCACUGUUGUGGAAGCAAGAGGUUGGGAAGCGCGUGGGAAAGCAGAAAGGGUGGCAGCAGUGUCAUCAGAGACUCGGCAAGUUAGUGUCAGGUUCCAAGUCCAUUACGUUACAAGCACUGAUGGGCAGUUCCUUGCAGUAACUGGAGACCACGAGAGUCUUGGGAGAUGGAGCACUUACAUCCCCCUCCAUUACAACAGGGAUGGGUUCUGGUCUCAUUCUGUUUUCCUGCCAGCAGAUACGGUGGUGGAGUGGAAAUUCGUGUUGGUAGAGAAUGGGAAGGUUACUCGCUGGGAAGAAUGCAGCAAUAGGUUCCUGGAGACUGGCCACGAGGAUAAAAUGGUUCACAAGUGGUGGGGGCUCCAUUGAUGCAGUUUGCAAAGUACCGGAUGUGGAGCACACGGAAUCAUUUAAAAUAAAGGCAGUGUGACUCCACAUUUAGCAAUCCGCGUUGUUUCAAAGCCAGUGGCUUUGUCUAAUGUGCAGAAAUAUAUAUAUGCAGAUAAUGGUCCCAGUGAGCAUGGACUUUUCCCCUGUGGCACUGAUUGGUGGGUUUAUGCUGAUCCGUCACUACUUUAGGGCUUGAUCGUCUUGGGGAGUGACUAGGCUUCACACUGUGGUCAUGGAGCACAGAAACUAACUAGCCACGCACGGUUCAAGCUUGAGCCUUUAGGUGAUCCUUAGACCAAAGCAGCAAAAUAAGCCUCAUUCAAAAUAGCUGAUUUCCUAUCCAUGCAGAGUAAGAAACGCUCUUUAUGACACGUAUUAUACACCUCAUAUACACCCUAUGGAACUGUGAUCAGAAAAUGCCGAGUCACUAGCUGUGAUUAGUAAGCAUAUGAGAGAAUGCUCUAAGACUCCCCAAUGGGUUUCUUGUUUGCUUUUACCUGCCAGAUACGGCUUUGAAGAUAGCAAGUAUGUCUUUGUUGGAAUAUUCUAAGGCUGGUGUAGAAACAAGGGGCCGAAUCAGAGCCAGUCAUCACGGAAAUCAGUCCUGGGAGCAGCCCCCGAGGAAGGGAACGUGAAUGGGGUUAGUGUGGACUGGGCGAGGUGGCCCGAAUGACAUCUCACAGAGGACCGGGAGGCACAGGCACAGCUGACUGCAGGGAGGGGACACUCACUCUUUACAUGUGGGCGCCUCUGCGGGGCCACCCCUCUCCCACCGCCCUCCCCGCUCCCAGCAAAUCGGGACUGUUCCAUAGCAGUCGUCUCUGUCGCCUCCUCCCUCUCUUUCCAUACCAGUAGCUAUCCUGGGUAACAAAUUUAUACAGGACAGUGACAUAGAAGUAUAUCUUUGCUCUGAGAAGAAACAA